UGUCAACACCAUCCCAACCCCGAGUCUGGGAGGGGAAGAACCUGGAGGGGGGGGUCGGGGGCGGGAGGAAACGCCGGUGUCAGGUAACCAGCGGGUGAGUUGGGACAAAGGGCAGGCGCAAGGGUUUAAAAGGAGGCCUGGACUUGAUGCUUCAGUGUCUUGGGUUCAGUGGUUAGAGCACCGAAUAUAUGGACCCCCAGGCUGACUCCUCAAUCUCAUUCCUUCCCCAUUUGGAGGCCAAGAUCCGCCAGACACACAACCUUGCACGCCUCCUGACCAAAUAUGCAGAGCAGCUGCUGGAGGAGUAUGUGCAGCAGCAGGGAGAUCCCUUUGGGAUCUGGGGCUUCUCACCACCGCGACUGUCACUAGCCGGCCUGAGUGGCCCAUCCCCGAGCCACGCGGGGCUACCGCUGUCGGAGCGUUUGCGUCUGGACGCGGCAGCAUUGGGUGCGCUCCCCGCACUGUUGGAUGCUGUGCGCCGCCACCAAGCGGAGCUGAACCCCCGCUCCCCGCGCCUGCAGCGGAGCCUGGAGGAGGCGGCCCGACAGGCUAGGGCCCUGGGAGCCGCGGUGGAGACGGUGCUGGCCGCUCUGGGCUCAGCAGCCCGCGGGCCCGGCCCGGAGCACUCCGCCACCACCGCCCUUUCCACCGCCAACAGCGCUGCGAGCAUCUUCUCAGCCAAGGUGCUGGGGCUCCAGGUGUGCGGUCUCUAUGGCGAGUGGGUGAACCGCACAGAGGGCGACCUGAGCCAGCUGGUACAUGGGGGCGUCGCCUGAGAGUCGGUACUAAGUCCUGGCUCUUGCAAGCUCACUCUGUCCCACCUCUUUGGCUUCCAAUCCUGUCUCUCCAUCUGUGUCAGUGUGUUCUUGGACUGUCCCUGUCGUUCUGCAGUGUGUGGUCACAUUCUCUUUGGAUCUUGUCUCCUCAGGGAGCUUCGCGUGCCUACCAGUUUCUCAUUUUUUUUCUUUUUCUUCUGUCUUGAAUUCUUUUGUCUCCGACAGGUUUCAGUUUCUUAUUCCUUGUCUCUUGUUCUUUGUUUGUUUUCUUGUUUGUUUUUGAGACAGGGUCUCACUCUGUAGCCCUGGAUGGCCUGGAGCUCGAUAUGUAGACCAGGUUGGCCUCGAACUCACAGAGAUCCACCUGCCUCUGACUCCCAGUUUCCUCAUCUGUCUCCCCAUUGUCCAUAUGACCAUGGAGAUGACACUUUCUCUUCCUUCAGUUCCUUUGUCCCUUCCUGACCAGAAAAGUGCCUGCUGGUUCUGUGGUGGCAAGGCUUUCCCAUCAUCAGGACCAUCUCCCGUAUGUACUCUCUCCUCCUGCCAGUUCCUUUGGAACCCCAUCCUUCCCCUUCGAUAUCCUUCCCCUUUCUUACCUCCCUACCCUGUUCCCAGUGGCCCCCAGCUCUAGCCUGGAGAGAGAAAGGCAGAAAAACAUCUUAAGAGAGUUUUAUUUGAGAAUAAAUUAAUUUUGUAAAUAAAUGUUUAACAAUAAAACCACAGUGUAAUGAAACACAGUUGUUGCAUAUGGGGAGAUUUAAGAAGAAUAGGAUCUUUAGGGUACAGGAGGUACCCCCAUACACACACCUGUUGACCCAUAAAGGCACAGUACAAAUAAAUUCUUGAAGGGCCCAGGCUAGGGAUAACACUUGUCAGUCCUGAACACAAAGUGGAUCUCCUGGUAUCCUUGGCAGGAAAUAGAUGAGACAUGAGUCCUAGUGGUUGUGAUCAUUAGGCUUCUGUCCACUGGGGAGCUCAAUAGAAACCGUCAAUGGAGAGGUAGACUGAGGAGAAGAACCCCAGCAAAAAGAGGCCUGUGUUCAGAAAGUCUAUGUCUUCACCUAAGAAUUGAGGUAGACAAAGACAGCCCCUGGACUUCCUCAAAUACAGGAAGAGGAAAGUCAGGAUAAGUCCAGGAGGGAGACCAGCUGUCCUCUCCCUGGGGUGGGAAGUGAAACCUCUUCAGAAGGGCUCUUCUUUCUAACCAGGAAGUAGGAAUAUCAACACAUCA